AAUACGACUAAGAUAGACUUUAGAUGUUUCGUUUAACAAAUUUAUUACGUUAUUCGUUUCCUAAAUGAUGUUUUCAAUGGAGAAAUGUACGGUGCUCAGUAAUAGGGGUACUUCGGAAGACACCGAGCUUUUUGCCGGCGGGGGCGAAGGCCUAGGUAAAGAGGGUGUGUCAGACGAAGUGGCUUCUGCUGUAGCCGCUGUGUCGGAUGAGAUUGGUGACAUUCUGAAGGACGAAUUGGGUGAUGCGGACAGAGUGGAUAGAAUCGGAGCGGAAUUGGCAGAUCUAAGCGCAGAGCUCGAUCUGUUGGUUGAUAUAACUGACGGGGAGCAGCUACAGGACUUUCCAUCGAUGUUCGAGAUCACAAUGGGUCAUCGCAGUUCCCAUUCUGGGUCUGGUUCUGGAUCAUCAACAACGUCAUCAUCAUCCUCGUCGUCAUCAUCAUCAUCAUCAUGGUCAGGGCCAGCUCGGCGCCGUCCGCGCCCUCAGAGAAUCCCAAGACGUCGCCCCAUCAUCAAAGGAAAAGAGUUGUCUCGGCGGCGUUGCGCGGCGCGGCGUGCGUCGAUCCGUCCGCGGCGUCCGGAACCACAGUGGGACGUGUCCGACGUGUCGGACGCGUCCGAUGUCGGCGCAGACUCCGACUCUGAUGACCAGUGGACCGAACUCGACGACGCUUCUGGUACCUCUGAUAGUUCGUCCUUGAAGAAUGCUCCCGGCGUUGAGAUUGACUGUAAUGGGUACCAACAUAAGGAGGCGCAAGCAGAGCCACCAGCGAUGGGUCAGUUUCUACUGCCACUCCUCAGUGCUGACCCGGCGACGCCUGAUGCUGAGCACUUUCUCAUCCGCCACGAGGAUAUACUGCAGUUACUGGCGUCUGCAGAAGAGAGACCACGAGAAGAGAACCCAGUAGAAGAAAGCGAGCUGCCUGAGCCACAAGCCGAUAGAAACGACAAUGGGGAUACGGUCGAGUGCGAAGAAAUGGUCACGCCUGAAGAGGAGGCCGCCCUGUUGCAGUAUGUAUGUGAGGUGGAGCGUGUGGCGUGCAGUUCGUCGUGCUCGUCCCACAAGUUCCUGGCGGUGGAGGAGUGGCUGAUGGGGCUGUACCACUCGUGGUGCGAGAUCAGCGCGCUCAUCAACACCCUCGUCAACACCGACCUCACGGAGAUGGAGCAGUCGGAGUGGGUGUACCGCGUGCGGUUCGGCUGCCACUGCCGCCUGUGUCUGUGCCUCGCCAACAACGGCCCGCCCAUCACGCUCUUCAUCGGGCACGUGGUGUGGGCGCUCGCGCACGGCGGCGGGGCGGCGGCGGCGGGCGUGGUGCGGGCGCUGCGGCUGCGUGCGGGCGCGGCGGGGGGCGCGGGCGGGGCGGCGGGGGGCGCGGCGCCGCACCCGGAGCGCUGGGACCUCGCGCGGCUCCGCAGUCUGCGGCUCACACACGACGAUGCGGCUAUAAUACACGAGCAGUUGCAGCUGCUAGCGCAAGAAAGUGAUAUCACAAAGAAAAUCGUUCACAAAGUCUGUCUGUGUCAAGAGUUCGACCGCCCGUUCGAGAAAGAAUACGCGUUCGAGAGGUUUUGCAGGAUUUUAGAGAAUUUCAAGGCUGCGUCCACGACAAUGUUUAAUGGCGAGGCGCGGUGGCGGGCGGGCGGCGCGGCACGCAGCGGCUGCAGCACCAGCCAGCGACUGCGGCAGAUGGCCGCGCGGACCUCGCCCGCGGACCUGGCGACGUGGGCGGGCUACAAGCAUCGGUGUUCGUGUCGCACGCCACGUACGUUGUGCGCGCAGCAGCGGCGGCAUCUGCUCAGGUUAUUUUAUUCUAGAAUAUCAUUCUUCGGUAUCAUGCAAGCAGUGAACGAGUUCACUCUGUCCAAACGGGGAACCGUACCUAGAACUGAUAGUGAAAAGGCACCGCGCGAUGUGAUCCUGGAAGCAGAAGGUAGAGAACUGCAGCAGGGAGACGGCACUGGUGCCAAGCCCCCGGAUACGCUGUCAAGAGAAGCGGAGGCGGAUGCGGAUGCUGGCGCGGACGGCAGUGAAUACAGCGACUCAAAUAUCAACGCCGACCUUGAUGACCUGACAGACUCUGACGCCAAUUCCGGAACUGCAUCUCUCGGUCUAUCCACCUCCUCGUCCCUGGACUCCGCGUCGGAACUGCUCCUAGCCGCUGCAGCUGCAGUGGAGUCUGGCGGGUCUGAAGGUGAAGCAGCGCCAGGGGAGCUGUGCAGGACGGUGCGACACCUCAUGAGGUCAAUAGCCUCCAUCGAGCGACUGAUGGAUCGAGUGCUGAAACAUUGUGAUGAGUGGCCCGCACCGCCCAAUAGGAACGACCAGGAAGCAAGGAAACGCGUGGACAUGGGCCUCUCAGAGGUGGACCGAAAGCUAAUGGAGAUGUAUCAGCGAUUACCAGAAGUCCAUCGGCGACAGUUGCAAGUCUACCGGAAACAAAAGAAACUGUCCACGGUAACAAUAAUUUUUAUUAAGAAACAGUGUGAGAUGCCCCCGCCCCCGCCGCCCCCUGGUGCCCCGCCCCCUCCGCCCUCAUGGGCGCCCACCGCCCCCACGCCGCCCCCCGUACCGUGCCGCGCCCUCCGUCCGCAGUACCACCUGCGGAGGUUCCAGGAGGUACGCCGCAAAGUGAUGCACAUGAGAGAUCAGCAGUUGUAUUACCACCAGUUGAGAAUGUGGCUGGAAGACCAGCUUCGUCAGGAGCGGGAGAGUUUACCAGAAAACAACGUAACGUUAGUAGAAGAUGUACGUCGCAAGAGAUAUGUUCCCAACCCGAAACUGCCUCGUCUCAGCACCGUAACCAAACGAAAACUUAAACCACAGUCGCCGUUCACGAAACCACGCAAAAGAAUAGAAAUGAUAAAAUUAGAUACCGCCACUGAAAAUCAAAUACUCGCUGAGAUAAAAGCAGAUUAUGAAAAAUUAGAAGCUGAACCUCCAGAAGCGUUUUCAUUGGAGAGGGAAGAUAAUAUAAGCGAUACAGAAACAAUUGUAGGUGAGAAAGAGACAGAUAUGUGUAAAGACAUGAAAGAAUGUCUCGCCAAAUUCGCUAAUUUCGCUUUAACCAGCGAUAAUGCAGAAAGUGAUAAUAAGUAUCCGGAAUCUGUUAGUCCCCCCUUGCAGGAGACCUCUCCGACGAACUCUGAACCCUUACCUGUAUAUACUCCCAAACCAAGUCAACGAUUAUUGACAGUUAACAAAUUCCUACAACGUAAUGACUUUAAAACUGAGAACAUAGAUUUUCAAACACAAGUAGCACCUGAAAUCAAUAUCCCAUUAAACGCCCGACGGACGCCUGUAUUAAUUAAAGAAGAAAGUGAGAAAGAAAUUAAGAUAGACAAUCAAGAAAUCGAUAAUAAGGACCCUAAUAUAUAUAAGUAUGUAACAUUUGGACUCGAAAUCAAGAAAGCUAUGGAGGAAUGUCAGAAUAUUAUAAAUUCAUAUAACAGUAUAAAUAAGGAUAAAGAGAAAGAUGAAAGUUCAUUAUCAUUAGAACAAAUCUGUGAAGUAAUGAUGAAUUUAGACAAGAAUUCAGCGGAGUUUCUAGAAAAAAUUGAUUCCGAUGAACCCAUAGAUCUUAACGUAGCUAAUACUAAAUUAGCCGAAUUCGUUGAAAACAUGCCACAAAUAUUAGCAAAUAUGCCUGAAAUUGCCACCAAGUUGACUGAAUUUGCUAAUGCCUCAUUUGAACUGCCAGAAUUUGCAUCUAUAAUGAAUUCAUUGCCAGAUGUAAAUAACGAAGCUCAAUUAACUCCGGAGACUUUAAAGCAAAUAAGAGAAUUAAAGUUAAAUAAAAAUAGAGAUAGUAUUAAAGUAACUAAAAAUACGGCUAAAAGAAAAACGAAUAGAAGAAAAAAUGACGAAUUUAUAGGCACAAUGACUUUUGAAUUAGACACACAAGACAUUUCAGAUUUAUUAAAAGACGAAAAAGAGUUACAGAAUUUAAUGAAAAAUAAAUCGAAUAACAAAGAAGACUUUAAUGAUCUAUUAUUCUCUAUAUCUGCUCAAGUUGUUAUUAAUAAAGUAUUUGAAUAUUUAAAACAGAAUAAGAGUCCUGUUUUAGCUAAAUGCUUGGAAGAGGACGGUGAUAUUUUCGCAUUACCCAAAAAUAGUAUAAAUUCAGAAAUGUAUUCAAAAGCGUCUACUUUAUUUGACAAUUCAGUGAAAGAUGCUUUGUGUAUGGACGAACUGAGGGAGUUAGUGAGGACUAGGUUCGAUUCUUGGAAACAUUACGUAGCUACAAAGUUUAAGAGUAUACCUAUUGAGUUACUCGAAAACGAAAUAGAAGCCAUGUUAGAUAAAUUUUAUAGUUACAUUCAAGAUUUAGCAGGUAAACAAUGCGCUAACGAAACAGACAAAAUUAUAGAAAAAAUUGACGAAUUAAAAAAGAAUAAAGAUCUCAAAGACACUGAUAAUGAAAAUAGUUCAUCAAAGGAAUCAUUACAACAAAUCACUAAGAUAAUAAGCACAUCAGCUGGCAACACUUUUGAUUUACUAAUCAUGAAAUUGUCUAACAUGCCCCGUGAGAAAAGGUCGACGGUUAAAGGUUUAAAAUUUGAAUACACUGAUGUUAUAAAACGAUGUUCUGAAUCCCAACAAUUAGUCACUUGGAUAUUACUAGACCCUGAAAUAGCCACUAACGUUAUACAAGAUCUUACAGGCUUGCCUGUAAAAAAGACUGAAAACCUACCAGAUUUUAGUACUGUAUCUUAUGACAAGAAAAGAGACUAUUUCCUUGAAAGACUAAGAGAAAUGAAUAGGUUUUAUAUGGAAACGUUACCUAAGAAAGCUUUAAGUGGUGAUGAGUGGUUAGUAAUGCUGUAUAGAUUAGAACAACUGGAGGUGAAGUUACAAGAGGCAUUAUAUAAAUACACACCACCAACAAAAUGUGUUCAAAACCAAACGAACGCCAGCGAAGGCGAAAUAUUAGCUGCUAAAGGCCUCAGUAAGAUUAUAGGCAAGUGUAGUAGUAGAGUAGUAAAGAAACCAGAAGCAAAACCUGUCAAGAAGGACGAGAAAGAGAAGGAGAAAGAAGAAGACGAUAAGAAAUCAAAGAACGAUGCGUUACUAGCGAAAUGCGAAGCCAUAUUGACAUCAAAAGGAGAGAAGUCCUUACUGGACAGUUUCUAUACUAUCAAAUCAUAUAUAACUCAAGGUAUACCCGUCCCUGAGACUUACAAGAAGCACGUCAUAUCGAUAUGUUCAAGUAUUGAUGCGAAAUUUUUAGACGAAGACAUUGAAGAGACAUUGAAAGGGGAAGACGGUGAUAAUAAAGAUAAAUUAUCACUAAUUGGUUCACAGAAUCCUGAAAUGUUAGCUAAAUACUCUGCUCAAGCGUUGAAGAACGCGAAGCAAACGUUAAACGCAGUAGCUUUUAAGAAUAUGGUUAAAAAUGGACAGAGUAAAUCAGAGAGUGAUGCCUGUGAUACGCCUAAAUCGGAUUGUAAAUGGACAAAUGAUUGUGUAUGUAGUUCUUGCAAGGAUACAGACUCAAAUUCUGUGUGCAUUGGGGAUAUAGUGAAACAGUGUUAUGAUAAAGGCAAGAGUGGGUUGGAAGAGAAGAAGAAGGAGGUGAAACCCAAACUGGUGAUGAAGCAGAAUAAGCCCCAAGUCAAGUGUGAGAAUGCGAGCCAUCAGCAGCAUGUUUGCAAAGUAGGCCACUCUCCAACCCGCAACGGUGGAUGCGCAGGCGACGGUGCCACCGAUCAGCCUUGCACGUGCUGUUACUGCACCGUGUUUGGACAUGCGCCACCCCUUACUACCCCAGUACCAAGGAAUUUCAAUGAAACUCGAGAAAGACUGCGCUCAAUACUCAACAAGAAAAAGCAACAAUGUAAGACAAAUGGUGAACAGGAGACCCCAGAGAAGAAACAAGCGGCUGUACAGACUCAACCAGUGGAGCAGGUCAAACAGAGCAAGCUUCCUCAGCCCACGCCCAAACCGCCUGCUUUACCAAAGACUCUCCCGCCGAAUUUGACAACUGCCCAAGCGCAACAGAAGCGGCAGAGCAUAGACAACCAGCAGAAACAACUGACAGAGAAGAUGGCCAAGAUGGUGGUCACUGAGAAACCAGACAACAAACCCAAGACGCUCCAAAGUACAGCACCGGUACAAGUGAAUGUGCCACCCGCUGUGAAAACGGAGAAUAAAGCCAACCAACCGACAGUGGAACAAAUACGUCUGCAGCAAAUAAAACAACAACAACAGCAGCAGAUGCAACAACAAAUGCAACAGCAACAACAAAACGCGCAACAACAACAGAAAAAACCAGAGCCGAUUUACGACUUACCGAUACACAAGAAGCCGACACUGACGCCACAACAACAACAACAAAUUAGAGAUCAACAGGUUAGAAUUAAUUUACAACAGAAGAAAGAGCCGAUAUAUGAUUUGCCUGUACACAACAAGCCGACCCUGACCGCGGAACAACAACAGCUCAUCAAAAUAAAACAACAACAGUUACAACAACAGCAGCAGUUACAACAACAACAGCAAUUACAACAACAACAACAAUUGCAACAACAACAACAGUUGCAGCAACAACAACAGUUGCAGCAGCAACAACAGUUGCAGCAGCAGCAACAAUUGCAGCAACAACAACAAUUGCAACAACAACAACAGUUACAACAACAACAACAGUUGCAGCAACAACAAAGACAGAGCAGACAGCAACAACAAAGAACUGCUAUGUCGCUGUCCAGUAGAGAAUCCAGUGUUUAUUCGACGUCCUCAGGUUGUUCAGGGGGCUCGUGCUGGCGGGGCGGGGGCGGGGGCGGCGGGGGGCGCGGCGCGCGGGGCGGGGCGCGGGCGGCGGACCCGCGCGACCUGGACGCGCUGCUGCAGUACAUCGAGGGCCCCGCGCGGCACAAGGACCGCGGCAAGAAGCGCGCCAAGAAGAUGCGCCAGAGGGGCAAGCGGAUGGAGAUGCGACUACUGGAGGAGAGGACAGCGUUAGAAGCAGAAUUGACAAGAGUUCGCCGCGGCAUGGCCGCCCUCGAGGUGGCACUCUUCACCCAAAUGGCCACCAAGCGGCGACUGAAGGAAGCCAGGCUGGCACACCAACAGACUUACAAAAAGAAAGGCAAGAAACAAAAGUUGAAUCCUGCGCAGGAGGCAAAAAUGGUAGUGAUGGCAGAAAAACUCGGCGGACUCACGACGCUCAUACGUAAUACUGUGCAGGAACUGGAGUUGGCGGAUCAGUUGGUAGACGAGUGGAGCAAGAGGCUGGAGCAGUGCGACAAGCAGCUGGCUGAGGCGCGAGCGCUGCAAGCCGAGCCCGAUUCUCGUAACCCGAAGGAUCAACAAAAUCAAGGAAACAAGGAACAACAAACUCAAAAACAGAACUUAGAACAAGGCGCAAUAGCACAAACGCAACAAUCACAACAACAGUUGCAGCAACAACAACAACAGAUGCAACAGCAACAACAAUUACAACAACAACAGGCGCUUCUAAUGGAGAACCCGAAGCAGGCUUCUUUCAUUAGCGCAAGGAACUGUCCCGGUAUGGUGUGCGUCCGGCGGUCGGCCUGCGACGGCGCUGUCACCCUCACAAUGCCCGGACACGACGGACACGCCGGACACCGGUCGCAGCCGCCGCUCUCACAUCUACUGCAAGAAUUAAACGUUCGCGACGAUAAGCCACCACCUCAGAAACCAGCGGAGAAUCAACGCAAGCAAACCUGGGAGCAGGCGCUAGCUCAUAUCAACCAGCUGGCCAAAGGAACUAAUAAAGAAAAGAAGAAGCAGAAAGAAGUACAACAGAAGGCGGCUCCCAAGGUCAAAGUGCAGCCGAAGAGUCAACCGCCACCGGCGCCGGAACCUGUACAGCAACUAUCCAAGAAACAGAGGAAGCUGUUAGCGAAACAACAGGCGGAAGAAGAAGAAAGAAAGAGGCAGCUAAAAGAAGCCAAGAGUAAAAAGGAGGUGAAAAAACAAGAACCACCCAAGCCCGAGCCCGUCAAGAAGACUGAUAAAAAGAUAGAUAACAAAAAAGCAGAUAAUAAAAAGGAGCCCGUAAAGAAAGAGGAAAAGAAAGAAAAGAAACAAGAGAAGGAACAGAAGAAAGGGAAAGAGAACAAACAGGAGAAGACUGUUGCAGCGCCAGCUCCGACCAAACCGAACAAGCAGCCCCAACAACAGAACAACAAGAAAGAGAAGAAGAAGGAACAACAACAGCAACAAAAGUCCCAAGUGAUUAACAUCACGCCGGACACAACAAUAGAGGUGGUCAAUAAGAAGAACCAAUCGAGCAAUGAACCUGAGAAGCCACCGUCAUGCAGUAUCAUGGAGCAACUGAGUUGCGGAGUCCAGGUGGCGGAUUUGAAGUUACCACCCGGCAUUACGCUGACUCGCGUCCAACCCGCUGAGAAAAAGGACCCACCGUCCAUCAAAUCAGUGCCGGCGUGGCGCUGCAGCCAGCUGGCAGCCCCACCAACACCGGUACAGCGACCCGCGCCCGUCAUCAAUGCAGACCCCUCGCUGAUGAUGUUCUCGCAGCCCGAACCGCCUAAAGCAAUAGUAAUUCCUGAACCGUUGCCACAAGUGAUAGGAAAAUCGAAGAAAGCAAAGAAGAAGGCGAAGAAAGCCGCCGCGGCCGCUGCUGAAGAACCGAAACAAGACACAAAAAUGGUCACUCUACGGAACCCAAUGUUCCACCCGAAUCUCCCACCGGUUCAGAUAAGCAAUGCCCCACCGCAGAAGAAGGCCGAGAUUCGAAUCCCCGACCCGAUUCCUAUGCCGCCAAACGCUUGCCAAGCAACCAUAACACCUACCUCUAACGGAAUGUACACCAUAAGGAACCCGUUGAUGUCGAUUAUGCAUCAGCAAAGCCUUAUGGGCAUGAGACCCCAAGCUCCAAACAUGUAUCAACCCCAGUACAACUACGUAAACCCGAAUUACCCCGUGCAACAACCCUACGUAGACCCAAGAGCAUCCCCAAAAACCCAAGACUCAGAAUUCCAGAACAGAAUAAUGAAUUUGGCAUCAUUUACCCAGAAGAAUGAUGAAGGGUAUUCAUUGUUUAAACCGACUGAGGAGAAUCAGCAACGAAGCUUUCUCACUCCGGAGUACUAUGUGGACAAUCAGAGUCCGAAGCCAACUGUGUCACCAAAUCCAAUUGGAACAAGACCCAACAAUGAGCCAAGGUUUGAAUCAAACGAUUCAUUAUUUGCAAAUCCAAUACAACGCCCUGAACCAAUUGGCACUCCAUUGAAACGAGAAGACAACGAUUUCAGUGGAGGUCUAUACACUCCAUUCGGACAAGAGAAUAGAAAUGUCUUUAGAAGUGCACUGUUUAAUGAGAAAAAUGAUGUUGGUCCAAAUAUUGGGAAGAUGGAUGAUGUUGGACCCAACCAUAUGGCUAAUGGUGACCAACUACCAUAUUUCCAAAGACUGCGCGUUGGAUCCAAACUGAACAACGAAGUUACCAUUCACCACGUCACUGAAUCAAAAUUUUAUAAAGGACAAGACCCGGAAGCACAGUACAGCGGCGCGUGGCCUGACGCGCUGUACUCACAUCCAGGCCAUCAGAUGCACCCGAUGCAGCCGAUACAGCCGAUGCAGUCGAUGCAGGGGAUGUCCAUGGGGCCCGUGGGACCUGUAGGGCCCGUGCAGCCGCCACUGCACCACAUGUCACGAGCUACUACGCACGGGUCCGGCACCGGUUCGCCGACCGGAGAUUCGGGCAUUUCGGGCAUGUCCGGCGCGUCCGUGUCCGGCCUGUCCGGAGUGUCCGGCGCGUCCGGCACCUCGCUGGACGACGACACAGGCUUCGGGGCCGUCGGCACGCGACACGGACUCGGACGACAUCAUGAAACCAGCGUAUACCAACCGGACCGAAGCAUCAGCAAUCUAUCAACACUAGAUAGAACAGAACGAGACAUUGAGUCGUUCAAACGAUUCGAUUAUUACUACGAACAACCGCAACACAAGCCUAAAGUUCCACUCGAUGUUAAGGACAUCGGAGUUGGUAUGAAACAAAACUAUAAUUAAAAAAAACGAAGUUUAAGCACGAAUAGCAACUUUCAUUGUACAAUGGGAUCAAAAAGGAUGAUGACGGCCUCGGUGGUCUAGCGGUUUCGCACACCGAUUUACUUCCAAUGCUCGUGGGUUCGAUUCCUCGCACGGUACAAAUUCAUGAGUAGUUUGUAUCGGUCUGGCUGUUUUCUAUGUAUAUUAUGUAUGUAUUAAAAAGAAAUCUAAGUAUUUAUAUCAGUUGUCCAGUAUCCAUAACACUAGUUCUGCUUACCUUGGGACUAGAUAGCAAUCUCUUAACUGUCCAGGUAU